UCCGCCUCCGCCUCCCCCCCCCGCCCUCCGCCUCCCUCCCCCUCCCCGCCCAGCAGCGGCCGCUCGAGCCCCGGCUCUCGGUUAUAAGAUGGCGGCGGCGCUGAGCGGCGGCGACGGCGGCGCGGAGCAGGGCCAGGCUCUGUUCAACGGGGACAUGGAGCCCGAGGCCGGCGCCGGCGCCGCGGCCUCUUCGGCUGCGGACCCCGCCAUCCCCGAGGAGGUGUGGAAUAUCAAACAAAUGAUUAAGUUGACACAGGAACAUAUAGAGGCGUUAUUGGACAAAUUCGGUGGGGAGCAUAAUCCACCAUCAAUAUAUCUGGAGGCCUAUGAAGAAUACACCAGCAAACUAGAUGCCCUCCAACAAAGAGAACAACAAUUAUUGGAAUCCCUGGGGAAUGGAACUGAUCUUUCUGUUUCUAGCUCUGCAUCAACGGACACCGUUACAUCUUCUUCCUCUUCUAGCCUUUCAGUGCUACCUUCAUCUCUUUCAGUUUUUCAAAAUCCCACAGAUGUGUCACGGAGCAACCCUAAGUCACCACAAAAACCUAUUGUUAGAGUCUUCCUACCCAACAAACAGAGGACAGUGGUACCUGCAAGGUGUGGAGUUACAGUCCGGGACAGUCUAAAGAAAGCAUUGAUGAUGAGAGGUCUAAUCCCAGAGUGCUGUGCUGUUUACAGAAUUCAGGAUGGAGAGAAGAAACCAAUUGGAUGGGACACUGAUAUUUCCUGGCUUACUGGAGAGGAAUUACAUGUUGAAGUAUUGGAAAAUGUUCCACUUACAACACACAACUUUGUACGGAAAACUUUUUUCACCUUAGCCUUUUGUGACUUUUGUCGAAAGCUGCUUUUCCAGGGUUUCCGCUGUCAAACAUGUGGUUAUAAAUUUCACCAGCGUUGUAGUACAGAGGUUCCACUGAUGUGUGUUAAUUAUGACCAACUUGAUUUGCUGUUUGUCUCCAAGUUUUUUGAACACCACCCAAUACCACAGGAGGAGGCCUCCUUUGCAGAGACUACCCUUACGUCUGGAUCAUCCCCUUCCACACACUCCUCCGACUCUUUUGGGCCCCAAAUGCUCACCAGUCCGUCUCCUUCAAAAUCCAUUCCAAUUCCACAGCCUUUCCGACCAGCAGAUGAAGAUCAUCGAAAUCAGUUUGGACAACGAGAUCGGUCCUCAUCGGCUCCCAAUGUGCAUAUAAACACAAUAGAACCUGUCAAUAUUGAUGAAAAAUUCCCAGAAGUGGAAUUACAGGACCAAAGGGACUUGAUUAGAGACCAAGGGUUUCGUAGUGAUGGAGCCCCUUUGAACCAGCUGAUGCGCUGUCUUCGGAAAUACCAAUCCCGGACUCCCAGUCCCCUCCUACAUUCUGUCCCCAGUGAAAUAGUGUUUGAUUUUGAGCCUGGCCCAGUGUUCAGAGGGUCAACUACAGGUUUAUCUGCCACCCCCCCUGCCUCAUUACCUGGCUCACUCACUAAUGUGAAAGCUUUACAGAAAUCUCCAGGACCUCAGCGGGAAAGAAAAUCAUCUUCAUCCUCAGAAGACAGGAAUCGAAUGAAAACACUUGGUAGACGCGAUUCAAGUGACGAUUGGGAGAUUCCUGAUGGGCAGAUCACAGUGGGACAAAGAAUUGGUUCCGGGUCAUUUGGGACAGUCUACAAGGGGAAGUGGCAUGGUGAUGUGGCAGUGAAAAUGUUGAAUGUGACAGCACCUACACCUCAGCAGUUACAGGCCUUCAAAAAUGAAGUAGGAGUACUCAGGAAAACUCGACAUGUGAAUAUUCUACUCUUCAUGGGCUAUUCAACAAAGCCACAACUGGCUAUUGUUACCCAGUGGUGUGAGGGCUCCAGCUUAUAUCACCAUCUCCACAUCAUUGAGACCAAAUUUGAGAUGAUCAAACUUAUAGAUAUUGCACGGCAGACUGCACAGGGCAUGGAUUACUUACACGCCAAGUCAAUCAUCCACAGAGACCUCAAGAGUAAUAAUAUUUUUCUUCAUGAAGACCUCACAGUAAAAAUAGGUGACUUUGGUCUAGCCACAGUGAAAUCUCGAUGGAGUGGGUCCCAUCAGUUUGAACAGUUGUCUGGAUCCAUUCUGUGGAUGGCACCAGAAGUAAUCAGAAUGCAAGACAAAAACCCUUAUAGCUUUCAAUCAGAUGUAUAUGCAUUUGGGAUUGUUCUGUAUGAAUUGAUGACUGGACAAUUACCUUAUUCAAACAUCAACAACAGGGACCAGAUAAUUUUUAUGGUGGGACGAGGAUAUCUAUCUCCAGAUCUCAGUAAGGUACGAAGUAACUGUCCAAAAGCCAUGAAGAGAUUAAUGGCAGAGUGCCUAAAAAAGAAACGAGACGAGAGACCACUCUUUCCCCAAAUUCUUGCCUCUAUUGAGCUGUUGGCCCGCUCAUUGCCAAAAAUUCACCGCAGUGCAUCAGAACCCUCCUUGAAUCGGGCUGGCUUCCAAACAGAGGAUUUUAGUCUAUAUGCUUGUGCUUCUCCAAAAACACCCAUCCAGGCAGGGGGAUAUGGAGAAUUUGCAGCCUUCAAGUAGCCACACCAUCAUGGCAGCAUCUACUCUUAUUUCUUAAGUCUUGUGUUUGUACAAUUUGUUAACAUCAAACACAGUUCUGUUCCUCAGAUCCUUUUUUUAAAGAAAUUAAAUUUUCAAUUCAUAAGCUGAUGUGGAACAGAAUGGAAAUUCCCAUCCAAGAAAAGAGGGAAGAAUGUUUUAGGAACCAGAAUUCUCUGCUGCCAGUGUUUCUUCUUCAACACAAACACCACGUGCAUACAAGUCUGCCCAGUCCCAGGAAGAGGAGAGACCCUGAGUUCUGGCCUUUUGAUGGUGGCAUGAUGGAAAGAUGCUGCUUCUACAGCUUGGGAGAUUGGCUCUGGAGUCUGCCGGUCGACUGUGCCCUUCUAACCACCAGGUCGAUGUGCGGCUGAUCAUCUGAUGGGGCAGUUGCAAUGACCAAGCAUCGUUCUCUUUCCUGCUCUGGGAUUCUGUUGUGGAGCUCUUUCCCCUAGCCAUCACUGGUUAAUUUCCGAGGGACGGAACAAAAAUGCAGCAUGCCCUACCUGUGUAGUGCACGUCAGUCCUUGACUCAUUUUUAUCAAAGUGAAGCUAUUUUAUUUAAGUGGAGGACGAGAGGGAGACAGAGCUAUGUUUUGGUGCAGAGGAAAGGGAAUGCUGCAUCUUUUUCCUGACCUCCUGGGUUUCUGGCUUCUGUUUCCUUGCUCACUGAGGGUGUCUGCCUACCCACGCAGGCGGGAAAGUGCUGGCACACAUUGCCUUCUUUGCUCAUUGGGUCCAGCAAUGAAGAGAAGUGUCUGGGGGGGUUUCCCCUCCACAAUAUAGCAAGUUCUCAGGAAAAUCUUCCUCCCAAGCUCUUCCAGUCACCAAGUACUUAUGUGGCUACUUUGCCCAAGGCACAAAAAUGUCAUGGUGGUAUUUAGUUAAAAGCCUACAGAACUGCUUGAUAACAGUUUGGAAAGUGAGACAUUUAUGUAAUUUAAAUGUAAGGUACAAGUUUUAAUUUCUGAGUUUCUUCUCUUAUAUUUUUAUUAAAAAUAAUUUUCAGAUUUAAUUAAAUUGGAAUAAAACAAUACUUCCCAUUAGAAUUAUAUAUCCUGAAAAAUUGUAUUUUUGUUAUAUAAACAACUUUUAAAGAAAAAUCAUUAUCCUUCCUCUACCUAAACAUGGGGAGUCUUAACAUAUGACAAAAUAUUUAUAAUUUUUAAAUUAAUGGUACUUGCUGGAUCCACACUAACAUCUUUGCUAAUAUCUCAUUGUUUCUUCCAGUUUACUCUUACACUACAUCCUCAUUUUCUUUCUAGUCUUUUACCCAGAAUAUGCAACCUAAAAUAAAAAUGGUGGUGUCUCCAUUCAUUCUUUUUCCUUUUUUCCCAAGCCUGGUCUUCAAAAGGUUGGGUAAUUUGGCAGCUGAGUUCCCCAGGCAGAUAAUAGAACAAUUUUGGGUAUAUUGGGACUGAGAGAGUUAUGUAUGAAGCAUAAUAUCAAUUGUUUUUACAGAAAGAGCUGCUGCGAUAUUAAGAACCUCAUUCUUUAUAUAAAUGGAAAACAUAACAUAGCCAUAGCUUCCUUUGGCAUAAGAGUGGUGUAAGUCACGAUAGUAGAAAGAAAGUAACUCUGGACAUAUUAAUGGGAAAUACCUCCCUUUUAUGGAUCUAGAAUCUCUUAUCAGGAUUUGGGAAUGUAAAUCAAAUCAACUGUACUUAGCCCUACCAAGCUAGGUAGCCAAGGAUCUGAGAGAAAUUGGAUAGAACUAUAAAAAGAAGCAGGGAAUUAGAAAUUGUUAUUUUAAAAUUUCAAAUUGUAACUCACCCUGCUAUCUUUCAGCCUACUAACACUCACUGCCGUUAGAUUUUUGCUAAAAUACCUGUAUCACAGGAAGACCUACUAAAAAUUGCACGGACAUGUAAAAUGUCCCAGUUGUCCCAGUAGAAUGGAAAGUAUACUGAAGCUAUUGGUGAAUUUGAAAAGCAAUGUAUUCUUAAGUCUUACAUGGGCAGAGCAGUAUCUUAACAAAAUUCAGAAAUUACAAAGAUGCUCACUUGAAGAACAUUGUCUAUUUUUCUUUCUAAUUAUGCCACCAUGGAUGCUUUUAAACAUGUUUUUGUUCCCUGUACCAAUAUUUCAGAGAGCUGGUCUUAAACUAUAGGCAUGGCAUGUCUGCUGAGCAGGUAUAGCUGCUAGAAGCUCAGGUGCGGGACUGCCUGGAUGGCUGGAGCAGUACAGGAACUAGUUCUGGAGGAAGCUUGGCAUUGGGGUUUUCCAAACAAUAUUCAAGGUGAUACACUUUUUUCUUCCCUUUCUUUUUUGAGUGGGUUGCUAUCUCAUCUGAGAAGGAGAAACAGACUCUAUCAAAAUUUCCCCUUUCUUCCUUUUUUCUAUCAAGUUGUUUUUUCUCUGGUUUACAGUUGACAUGAAAAGGGGGUUUCCCUGUGAAUUUCACUUGCUUUACUGUUCGAUGCUUAACUACAGAUAGACUUGCUGAGCUCCUAAGAAAUACAAGGAAGAACUCCUUGAUGUGCACAGCACUUUAUGAGUAACUGAAUGGGUAACAUGUGGCUGCUUCACUGAUUAUUUCCCAAGGCGGUAAUUGCCUGUUUUCCGUAGAAUGGCUGCAGUGCCUUCGUGGGGCCUUUAAUUUGGGGUAAGGAGAGGUGAAGCCUGAAAAAUUUAAGAGUAACCAUAAAAGAUUGUUUUAAUCCUGGUGGACUUGUUUGGUUUUGUUUUUUCCUAGCUGGUGUACUUUAUUAUUAAACUGCAGUCUAGGUUGUAUCGAUAGGUUUUUGCCACUGAAAUAAUAUUGACCAAAAAGUAGUUUAUAAAAGGGAUUUGUGAAUAGAAAAACCAGUGUGAUUCUUUGUACUUAUGUGCACCUUAAAAGAAGGCUCUGUCUAGUGGUCAAAAUCUGGUUUCUGGACGUGCAGUCCCUGCUUGUAUGUGAGAGCUAUAUGAUGUACUGGGACAUCCUAGAAGAUAAAAUCACCUAUGCGAAGUGUGUGUGUGAUAUUCACGUUGGUGUUGGAAAAGAAAGGGCACUAUAUUGUUAGGUAUAAAGAGUUAAUUCAGGACUUCACCACUGUCCACCUGAAACUAAAUAUUUCCUAGAUUCUCGUGAGAUGCGGGCACAGCUCUUAAUCACAUAAUGUUAUCGUUUGUUCAUCAGGCAACGUUGGCACUGCUGCACCCCCUCCUCAGCCUCACCUCCCCACCUGUACAUUCACCCUCUGCCUUGGGCAAACCUCAUCUAGCUUUAGUUUGAAACAUACUACAGCGUUCAGGUGACCUCUUCAAAAAACUACCUCCUCAGAAUGAGGUAAUGAAUAUUUAUUUUAAAAUAUGAAGUCAGGAGCUCUAGAACAUGAAGAUGAUUUAGGAUUUUAACUUUUAUGUGUGCUUGUAUUUGAACGCUCUAGUUUUGUCCUAAAGGGCAUUUAUACAUUUAGGCAGAAAUACUGAAAAAUGUAGCUCAGAGUGUCUGAAUGUUGUUGCAAAUGGUGCCAGAACCUGUUUAGGGGUACGUUUCAGAAUAUCAACCUUACGUCAGUUGCAUGAAAUUAGUUAUGGUUUCACUUCACUAACAAUGAUAUAAUUUUAAUUUUCAGUGGGCUUGGCAGGACAGUACACCUUCAUAAAGAGUUAGCCACAGAUUUGUCCCAUGUGCAGAUGCUCCGACAGACUGCCCAGCUAAGGGGGGGAGAAAGUGAUGACCCAUUUUGCAAGAUUCUCUUCUUUGUCCAAGUUGGCAUUGUUAGUGCUAGAAUAGCAGCACCUAAGACCAGCAGAUCCAACCAUUAGGCUAUUUAAAAACACACAUAGCCAGACAUGUAAGGUUUACUGAGUGUGAACACGAAAUAGCUUAUAGAUCAUACAUUGAAAUGGUGUAGGUGAGGCUGUAGAAAAAUACCAUGACAAUUUGCCAAAUGAUCUUACUGUGCCUUCAUGAUGCAAUAAAAAUAAAAAAUUUAGCAGAAAUCAGUGAUUUGUGAAGAAAGCAGCCACUCUGGUCUAACUCAGCUGUGUUAAUAUUUUUUAGAGUGCAAUUUAGACUGCAAAGAUAAAUGCACUAAAGAGUUUAUAGCCAAAUCACAUUUAAAAAAUGAAAACACAGGUAAAUUUUCAGUGAACAAAAUUAUUUUUUUAAAGCACAUAACCCCUAGUAUAGUCAGAUAUAUUUAUCAUAUAGAGCAAAUAGGUUGAAAUUAUAGUUCAGUGACAUUUCUAGAGAAACUUUUUCUACUCCCAUAGGUUCUCAAAGCAUGGAACUUUUAUAUAACAGAAAUAUUUGACAGACAUUUUAAGAAAUUGUGUAGUUCAAAGUUGAAGUACUGUAUGCUGGGCAGCAGUUGCGUGUGUGAACUGAGUGAGAACGAGGAAAGAAAUUAAAAUAUGGGGCAGAAUUAGAUUUUAUCAGUCUCCAGAGUACUGCUGCCAAUCUAGACACAGAUUUUUCAGAGUUGGAAAUAUACACUAGCCUUCCAGGACUGGUUGGCAAACUAAGCAGGACUAUGCUGCUAAUCCUGUUGGGGGGUGCUGUGAGGCACGAGGAGGCAUUGGAAUAGUUACUGACCUGGCCACUUGUGUGCACUGGACACACUCCGUGGUAUGCUUCUUGUAUCUUCAUUCCUCACCGCCCCAAGAAAGGCAGUGUACUGUCAUAGCAAGUUCUCACGGUGUUUCACCGAGGGCUAUUACUACACCCGUAGGUCGCUGAGCACCUGCAGAGUACAGUAGCAUCGCUGUUACUGUACUCUCUGGUUUGUAUAUUGGCCACUGGAGAAUGAAGUGGCCAGUGUAUUCAUGGUCCAUGUUGCUAGCUCUGGUAAAAUUGAAAAUGCUGGUAAGGUUUUUGUUAUAUCAGUGCACUAGGCAGUAAGCUAAGCUUUGUUUUGUUUUCAGAUAACAUUUUUACUUUUGUUUGGCAAAGAUAUUUACAUUGAAAUUCAGUCCUAAAUUUUCUCAGUUGUAGAAAGGGUAGUUAACAGUUUCUAUUGGGUAUUUUUAAGAUAGAAGAGGACAAAACUUAAGUCCUAAAUUCUUAAAUUAAGGUCACAGGGCUUUAUUUUAAAAUGCAUAGGGAUAGUUAGUCCCCACCUCAAAAAAUGUUUAGGUAGAUCUUUUAGCAUCACAGCUUCAACUGUUGAUUUAGUCUUAUUAGUUAUUAAAUCAGUUUUAUUAAAAUGUUUAAUUUUAUUUAGCUAUUUUGACUAAUUACAAUGGUAUAACCAGUUGUGCAUGAGGACACAGCCAGUGUAUCUAUUUUUUUGUGAUGCAUUUUUUGAAAGAAUUCUAUAGAUUGAAAUACUCUUUAAGAACAAAGAACUGAAAUAUAUUUAUUCCUGUUAAGUAUAAAAAAAAUGAAAAAGGAUUUGUGCAGACCGUCCGCAGCUCCUGGCAGGCAGGCAGGCUGGGCGGGUGGCCAGCACUCACAGUGGCUGGUCCUCAGCACGGUGUGUAGGAACCAGGCAUGGGUUUCACUUAGGAGACGCGGCAGAGGAAGGGUUCUGGUUUCAGGGCUGCAGAUGGGGACUAUGAGUAAGUUACUUAGUACUGGUUUUCUUUUGAAAAUUAUUGUGUUGCAUUUGUGAGUUAAGCUUUUGGUGGAGUAAGAGAUAUAUCGGAGGAAACUUCAAAAUAGCAUAAGCAACAAAGCUCACAGACUAGGCACAAAUAUAGAGAAAAUGGACCAAAUAGGACAGGGGAGGGUGUGGGAGUAAGUUUGAGGGUAGGGAAAAAUUGAUGUGAGGGUGGGAAAUAAACCAUAAUUAUUUGAAAUAAAAUGUAAGAGUGCAAUAAGUGUGCUUUUCUAAGCUGUGAACGGUUUUGUUUUGUUUUAAAUCAUUCCUUCCUUAUACAUUUGUGUGUGUUCCGGACAUAGCUGAUUAAAACCAGCUAUGAAAACAUAAUGCCUUUUUACUCACAUUAAUUACCAACAUAAGUGGCUAACCUUUAUGUUUGUGUAUCUUCAUGUUACAUUAGUUUACAUAGGGGGCGUGUGUGUUAUUCUGUGCCCUUUUCCCUCCUCCAUUUGAAAAUGCAUUCAUUGGGUCCUCUGUUACUUUGGCCAUGCUACACACUAGUCUGGCCUUCAUGAUGUCACCUGAUUGGAAGGACUAUCACAGUGAUAUAUUUUUGUGAAAAUCUUUUGUUGGUUGUACACUCUGACCCUUUCCUCACUCAGCAAUUUCUGCUUCUAAAAUAGGAGCGUACACCUGAUCAGGGGAUUAGAUUUGACAAUUUACUAACAUGUUCCUUUGAUUCUAUACAGUAGUUAUGUUUGCUGUUGGUUUAGACCAAGAAAAAGGACAUCACCCCCCUUUUUCAUUUACCUUCCUGGUUUGAGGACAAUUCUUCUAUACAGGAGAAGAAAGGGAAAUCUCAUGUUUCAACUGAGGAAAUGGCUCCAGGUUUACCACUCCAAACCGUGUGGCAGUUCGCAUACACAUUCCUCUCUCGCUGCCAAAGGUUCAGGUUUAGUUCACUUCAGUUACAAACACUGAAAAGGCUCUCAUGGAGUCUGGGGUUUGCCCAGUGAAAAGAUGGGGACUUUUUAAUUGUCCACAGACCUCUCUCUACCUGCUUUGCAAAAAUUAUGGAGUAACUAUUUUUAAAACUUAUUUUUCAAUUCAUAAAAAAAGACGUUUAUUUUCAGUUAAAUGGAUGUCGUCUCCCUCUUGCCCCUUAAUCCGCAGUGUUUGCUUGAAUCUUUUUUUUUUUUUUUUUCCAAUUCUUCCCCAACCCCACUUCUUAAUACUUUGGUUCUCUUUCCUGCUCAGGUCCCUUCAUUUGUACUUUGGAAUUUUUCUCAUGUAAAUUUGUACAAUGGAAAAUAUUGUUCAGUUUGGAUAGAAAGCAUGAAGAAUUAAAUAAAGAUAGCUGAAACUCAGAUUGAAGAAAUUUAUUUCUGUGUAAAGUUAUUUAAAAACUCUGUAUUAUAUAAAAGGCAAAAAAAGUUCUAUGUACUUGAUGUGAAUAUGCGAAUACUGCUAUAAUAAAGAUUGACUGCAUGGAGAA